AUGGAUGGUGGUCAAGCAGUGAUCUCUGCUGCACCCCAGCUGAAUGCUUCCCAUGUAUCUGCUCGAGAUGGUGCUGAUAGUGAUAAGAGGAGCCAAUGGACUGAGCAUAAGGCACCUGAUGGUAGGACAUACUACUAUAACAGUAUGACAAAAGAAAGCAGCUGGGAGAAGCCAGAUGAACUGGAAACACCUGCAGAGCUCUUGCUGUCGAAGUGUCCAUGGAAGGAAUACAAAGCAGAGAAUGGCAAGACAUAUUAUCACAAUGUGGACACCAAGGAUUCAUCCUGGACAUUGCCCAAGGAGUUGGAACUGAAAGCCAGGGUUUUGGCUGAAUCAAUGGGAGAUGCUCUGAAGGAGAGGGAGGAAGAGAAGGGAGGACGGGACAGCACGACUCCUCCAGGGGAAGGUGGUGAAGGAGAGAGGCUUGAAGAGGAAGAGGGGUAUGAGGCUGCCUCACCUCACACUCCGAGCAGCCUUACUCCUGAUCCAGGCACCAUUUUCCCUCCUGCUGGCCAUCUGAUGCCAUCAGAAACAAACAAAGGUGGUGGAAGCUCAGUCCUUGACCAAGCGAUGGCUGCUACUCUGGCUGCCAUACAUAUGCCAGCUCCUUUGACAACCAAUGAAAGAGAUGAAGGGGAAUUAGAAGAAGGAGAGGCAGAGGAAGAACAAGCUGCACGCCAGGUCACUACUACUCCUGAUGCUGGUAUUCAUAGAUCCUACAAAGACAAGAAGGAAGCCAUUGAAGCUUUCAAGGAACUCCUCCGAGAGAAGGAAGUGCCAAGCAAUGUGGCAUGGGAGCAGGCUCUGCGGCUCAUCAAGCACGACCCCCGCUUUGAGACCCUGCAACGCCUGAAUGAGAAGAAGCAGGCCUUCAAUGCCUACAAGACCCAGAGGGCCAAGGAGGAGAAGGAGGAGCAGCGUCUCCGUCUCAAGAAGAACAAGGAGGAUCUCGAGCAGUUCCUCCUCAAUCACGAGGAGAUGAAUUCCUACAUUAAGUACUAUCGUUGCGAGGAGCUCUUUGGGCAUCUGGAAGCCUGGAAAGCUGUGCCGGAACCAGAGCGCCGGGACAUCUAUGAGGACGUGAUUUUCAACCUGGCCAAGCGAGAGAAGGAGCAAGUGAAGCUGCAGAGGAAGCGAAACAUGAAGGUCCUCUCCUCCAUCCUGGACUCCAUGGUGGACGUGACAUACAAGACAACGUGGCAGGAGGCCCAGCUCAGCCUUGUUGACAAUCCCUCGUUCGCCAACGACAAGGACUUGCUCCGGAUGGACAAGGAGGAUGCCCUAAUUGUAUUUGAAGACCACAUUCGCCAGCUGGAACAGGAGGAACAUGAGGAGAGGGAGCGGGAGAGGAAGAUCCAGAGACGACAACAGCGCAAGAAUCGGGACAAUUUUGUGGAGCUGAAAGCUCGGUUUCAUGACGAGAAGAAGAUCAUCAAGGAGAUCUUGAGGGAGAAGAAUUUCACCGUCGUGGUGGAUACGUCAUUCGAGGAAUUUGCCACUGUCGUCUGCGAGGACAAGCGGUCUGCAACCUUGGAUGCAGGCAAUGUCAAACUCACAUAUAAUGCAUUGAUGGAGAAGGCUGAAGCAAGAGAGAAAGAGCGUCUGAAGGAGGAGGCACGGAAGCUACGAAGGAUGGAGAACACCUUCAGAGCACUCCUCCACUCGGUGAGCAUGAAGCCUGACUCCACCUGGGAGGAGAUCCGCCCCAAGAUCGAGUCUGAUCCUGCGUACCUGGCCUUCACGCUGGAGUCGGAGCGCCAGCGCAUCUUCAAGGAGUAUGCCCUGCAUCUGGAGGAGGCAUGUGCACACCUCCACCCCCGGUCCAAGCGGAAGAAGAGGCACGGCCGCUCUCGUCGGUCUCGCUCGCGGUCCCGAUCUCGGACUCGGUCCAGGUCCCAUUCGGGUUCAGAGUCCGGGGAGGAGCGAGGCAGCCGAUCUCGACGGAGGAAGAGACGCUCCCGAUCCAGCAGCUCCUCCUCGUCCAGCAGCCGGGAGUCAGAGGAGGAUCGCAAGCACCGGAGGAAUCGGAAAAAGAGGAGGAAGAGGUCGAGCUCCAGCUCAGUAUCGGACCGGGAACGCAGCCGGCGGGGAGGAAGCAACAAGAAGAAGAAGCGAGCCAAGCACCGCCACCACCGCAAGAAGCAUGAGGGGGACGAUGGAGAGGAGGGUGAGGGCCGGCGAGGGAAGGCCAGCCCCGAGGAAGGGGAGGUGUCGGAUGAGGAGCAGCUGGAGGAGAAGCGGGAGCAACUGCUCCGCCAGCUCCGGGAGGAUCCUGACACCGAGAUUUAGCCACUUGAUCCUUCCCUGGGAUUCUCGAUCGAUGUCUGUCUGUUGGUGUUUGUAUGUUUGUGAGAAUGAAG